UAGACUUGCUUCUGUAGCUUUCCUUACGCAGCGAGGAGUGUACACUGGCAAGUUCGGUAUACACCAGGCAUUCCGUACAAUGGAACUACUCCACAGGGUGCUAAAUUUCAUGGUCUUCACCAUCAGCAAAUGUGCACACUUCCAUAAUGCCCAAAGCUGAUUUUAUAGAGGAGAAGAUCAGAAUGCAGCAACAGGUUUUUCUCUUCAACAGAGCUUCAAAAAGAGAGAUGUGGUAUGGCUGUUUUGAGCUCUCAUCGGACAUAAGGGUGUUUUGAGAUAUUAAUGCGUCUUUUGUAUUUCCAUUUAAGGAGUACUGUAGACUUUCCAGCCUUUUUAUAUUGAACUGUUGCCAGAAUAGACCCACACUCUAUUCUUCCAUGAAGGAUUACAGUAACAAGAGGCAAGGCAACUUUGGGGUGGGAUUUUCUGGAAAGAAGAUGUUUGGUGCUUCAUCAUGAGACACUACAGAGUUUUUGGACCUGAAAGGUGGUUGAUUCUCUUCUGUCCCAGUAAAACAUGAAGACCACAUUAAGGAUUUCCUGCACUGUUAUGCUAUCAUUCUUCUGUGUACUCAAAUCAGAGAAAUGCAUUGUCCAGGAUAUUAAAAUUGCUAACCCAUACGUUGCUGAAGGAGAACCUCUAGGACGCCAUUGUUUUUUUUACCCAACACCAGAUCUUGAAAACACACCCUAUAAUUUCAGCUGGUAUACAAGUGGAAAUGAAACACCUAUAACGAAAGACCCAUCCUCCAGAAUUCAUCAGCGUGGAACAAAGCUGUGGUUUAUUCCUGCAAGAUAUGAAGAUUCUGGAUUAUAUGAAUGUGUUAUACGUUACCAGAAUUCGACAAUAUGCUACAGAAAUAGGAUUAGAAUACUGGUUGUCAAUGACAGUGCCGCUCUCUGUUUUAAUGAGAAGUCCAGCUACAAUCAAACGGUACCAAAAGGAUCAGCUGCAAAGAUUGUGUGUUCUAACACGGAGGACUUGGGACGAGAGCUGGAUUUUUUCUCUGUUCGUUGGUAUAAGGAAUGCAAGGCAGUGCAGCAGGAUGGACGAGUUUUUGUCUUGCAAUCAUAUCUUGUAAUAAACAAUGUGAGAGAAGAUGAUAAGGGAAAAUAUGAAUGCAAAAUAACAUACACUCAUUUGGGGAAUCAAUAUAAUGUUUCAAGGAGCAUUUUUGUGAUUGUUAAAGCAAAUGAACCAAAGAAAAGAACUGAGAUUCUGUACCCCAGAAAUAAUACUAUUGAAGCUGAACUUGGCUCCAAAAUAUUUACGAUGUGCAAUGUGUCAAGUUACAGAAACUCUUUAAAUAGCAUCACCUGGAAAGUCAAUAAUACUCCAGUAAACUUCCUGUUUAACGGUAGAAUUGAAGAAGGUUUCGAAAAAGACUUCCCUGUUGAAGGAGCAUGGGCUUAUGUAGUCCCUCUGACCAUCAAUGAGGUGAAAAAUGAAGAUUAUGACCAGCGGUUUGUUUGCCAGGCGGGCGAAGUUGCUGCAUACUUCUUAAUACAACGCCCACCCAAAAAUAUCUUGGGACUGAUUGCACUGGUAUUGCUCAUUUUUAUUCCGGUGCUAAUCUGCGCAUUGUUCAAGAUUGAGCUUGUACUUUGGUAUCGGAAGUCAUGCCACCCUUUUCUUCAUAAAAAAGUUUCAGAUGGCAAGAUCUAUGAUGCCUACGUACUGUAUCCAAAAACGGAUACCCAAGAUUGUUUUGCUCUGAAAGUGCUUCCUGAGGUUUUGGAGAAAAAGUGUGGGUAUAAUCUAUUUAUCCUUGGCCGGGAUGACUUACCAGGAAAAGCUGUAGUCAACGUUAUUGAUGAAACCAUUAAGCAAAGCAGAAGGCUAAUCAUUAUUUUAGUACCCGGAUUCCAAACCUACAGUAUAUCACAAGGGGUUCCUGAGGAGCAAAUAGCUUUGUACAAUGCCCUUAUGAGUGAAAGUGCUGGACUGAAAGUCAUUCUGAUCGAAAUGGGUAAAAUAGAGGAUUACAGCAGCUUGCCAGAAUCCAUUAGAUACAUCAAGCAAAAGCAGGGAGCCAUUAGAUGGAAAGGUGACCUUACGAAGAAGCAUUCUUAUUCUGCAAAUACCAAGUUCUGGAAAAAGGUCAGAUACCGAAUGCCACCAGGACACCAGAUUUCUCCAGAACUACCUUUGGUGCCAACCUCUCUCAAUACAACAGAAACCCUCGUAUCCUUUUAAUAACUCCUGGCGCAGCUGUUUCAAAAGACUACUUUGAUGGAUGGUGCUGUUACAGCCACCAUUUGUACAUGGUAAACGGACUCUUUUGACAACAUCGCUUCCACUAGCAUUUCUUAAUGUACCAAAUUCACAUGGUGUUUCAAACAAAAAAAUAAUCAACUUGAAAUGACUUAUUUCUACUAAUGUAUGAUGAGCAGGAUUUUUCAUUUGUUUCUCUUGUUGUGGGAGGAAAACUACGUGCAGUGGCUACACUCCAGCUGAAUGCAUGUGGGUUAGCUACACCCGUGUAUCCUGUUUUAAAGAAAGCUGAAAUGCUGACAACCAGCUGUUUAGUGAAUCUAGACCACCGCCUUCCUCAUCCUGCCAAUCAGCCUAUCAAUGGGAUUUUAGCUUUGCGCAAAAGGUUGGCUCAUAGAAGAAAAUCACAUCUGGAGCAUAGGUCUUUGUGUCUGAUACGCCACCCGGCUAGAGACAGAUCCAUGGAAGCAAGGCUGCCUUACUUCAAAAAGUGAAAAUCUGGAUACUGUUCAGCGAUUUCCACACGGACACUGUUUCCUACGACCAAAUUCUAGCCAUGUCCGGGAAAUUCUGGAUGUAUGGCAACCCUAAUGGAAGUCUCUUUCUGUGAACACGCAGCCCCUAGCUACAUUUGGCCAAUUGUUUCUUUGUUCUGCUGAAAUUCAACCUUGCAGUUUUUUCAUUGUUUACUCUUACUGUAUUAUGGUAACACUUGACGACUGACUUAGACAUGUCUGAAAUCAUUUGCAGCCUCUUAUAUUCAUUUUGAACUCACCCUUUGCAAUAUUCAGGGAGUAGUUGGGUUACUUUGUGAAUUGUCACUGUGUUUAUAUUUGACUUUCGUUUAAGUUUUGAUGUAAUAGAUUGUAUUUUUUAUAUUUUAUUUCCCUUGCCCCUCACUGCUUAUUCUUCCCCUGCAAAUACAUACACACACCUGCCCCAAAUUUGCUUUAAUUCACAAACACCAUGGAAACGGCCAUCCUUCAAAUUCACACUUCUCUGAACUUUGCAAUGUAGUUUUCCAGACAAUUAAUUUGUACAAAAAUGCAU